AUGGUCGUCUCACCCCGAGAACCCCGAGUCUCACCUACUCCCGAUGUAGAUGAGAUUUGGGUCAUGCAGCGGGUGGUGCAGAGCCCGGGUCAGCACCGGUUUGUCUCCUUUUUCAGUGAAAUAGUAGGAGACAGACGGUGGCACAAGGAGCUCCCGGUGACCGGGCUGGCCGCCGCCGUGUUCCCCACGCCUGCUGAGCGUGUCCCCUCCAGCCCUGGGGGCCGGGCCCCCUCAGGCUCCUCCCUUCUCUCCGAGGCCCAGCAGCCUAGUGGACAGAGGGUUCCUGAGAAGCAGAAGGGAUACUACGGUGUCUUCUCUUCCCUGUCCCAGGUGUACAUCGGCGAGCUCCCGCAGGACUUCCUCCGCAUCCUGCCCACGCAGCAGCAGCAGCAGAUCCAGCUGGACGCACAGGCAGCCCAGCAGCUACAGUUUGGAGGAGCGGUGGGCACAGUGGGCCGCCUCAGCAUCACCGUGGUGCAGGCCAAGUUGGCAAAGAAUUACGGCAUGACCCGCAUGGACCCGUACUGCCGACUGCGCCUGGGCUACGCGGUGUACGAGACACCCACGGCCCACAACGGCGCCAAGAACCCUCGCUGGAAUAAAGUCAUCCAGUGCACCGUGCCCCCGGGUGUCGAUUCCUUCUACCUGGAGAUCUUUGAUGAGCGAGCCUUCUCCAUGGACGACCGCAUUGCCUGGACGCAUGUCACGAUUCCUGAGUCCCUGAAGCAGGGCAAGGUGCUGGAUGAAUGGUACAGCCUGAGUGGGCGGCAGGGGGACGACAAGGAGGGCAUGAUCAACCUGGUCCUGUCCUACACGUCCCUGCCGGCUGCCAUGAUGAUGCCGCCUCAGCCCGUGGUCCUGAUGCCCACUGUGUACCAGCAGGGCGUCGGCUAUGUGCCUCUCACAGGAAUGCCCGCUGUCUGCAGCCCCGGCAUGGUGCCCGUGGCCUUGCCCCCAGCAGCCGUGAGCGCCCAGCCCCGCUGUAACGAGCAGGACCUGAAAGCCAUCCAGGACGUGUUCCCCAGCGUGGACCCGGAGGUGAUCCGCUCCGUGCUGGAAGCCCAGAGAGGGAACAAGGACGCAGCCAUCAACUCUCUGCUCCAGAUGGGCGAAGAGUCCUAGAUCGCGCCCCUCGCUGCCCCGUCCUUCUGCCCUUUCCACUUGCCAACCCAGGGGUUCCCCAGGGAGCACGAUCCCAACGAGCAAGACCCUGUGUAGCCCCUUCCCUCGGACGUCCGUGUUGCCCUGGUCCACACCCUAUGUGAGGUGCAUGUGGGUUUUCGUUUCCCGCGACCAUCGGUUGGGGUGCGGGUGGCUUUCCUUCUUGCUGUGUGUUGGGAGAAGAGCAGACACGGGCCGUGUCUGUGUACACACUCUCAUCUUCCCCCUGCUUGGGGACGUACGUCCUCAAGUGCCUUGCGCUUCCUCUCGCUGUUCCCGAAUGCCUCGUGGGAGCCGCCUGCCUCUGCCAGGGCCUUAGGAAGCCGGGAGCCUCCUUCUGGUUUGAUUAAUAGCAUGCAGUUAUUUGACUUCGUUGGGAUAGACCUAUUAAUUUAAGGCACAUAGAAUCCAUUAACAGCUGAUUUGGGGUUAUUUUUAGAACUUCCAAACUGAAGCUCAUCCUUCCCUGACUGCUCUUU